AUGGCUGCGACCGAGCCCAGUGGCGGAUCCCAAAGCGCUGAACUGAAAACCCAGCCGGCGGCGGGGAGCGUCCCCGCGGUCCCCCUUCCCCUUCGGCGGGGCUCGCGCUCCGUGCUCAAGGUGUCGCAGCUGCUGCUCGGCGCCAUCGCGGCGCACGGGCGGCCCACGCUGGCGGCGCUGCGCAAGCAGCUGGGCAGCGCGGGCUACGAGGUGCGCCGGAGGCCGGCGCGCCGCGCGGGAGAGGCCGCCCAGCCCGAGGUCAAGGGCACGCUGCUGCGGGUCACCGGGAGCGACGCCGCGGGCUACUUCAGGAUCUGGAAGGUCCCGAAGCCCAAGAGAAAGCCCGGGCGGCCCCGGCUCGGUCAGAGCUGCCGCUCCUGGGGCCGCACGCCGCCCAGACCCCGGAGACCACGCAGGCGCCGCUCCAAGCGCAAGGCGGCCAAGAAGGCCAGGGAAACCUGGCGACGCAAAGCCCGGGCUCUGGAGAAGGCCAAGAGGGCCAGGUUAAAGGCCAAGGACCUGGCGCGUGCCAGGGCCGGCGCGGGAGCCAGGGCCAGGGUGAUGGGCCAGGAAAGAGGACAGGCCUCCAGUGACAGGCCUCGCGCACAAAGGUCGCCAAAGGAGAGGAGGCCGAGCUCCAAGCGCGGGGAAGGGAAGAGGCCGGAGCCAGAGAGAUCGGUAAAGCGAACUAUCCAGAGCCCAAAGGUCGUUAAUGCGGAGUGCACUUCCGGUGGACCAAAGAAGGCGCGCACUAAGACACCCACCAAAGCUGAUGCCCCCAGGGAUGCCCUCCCGAGUCCAUCGGGCGUCCUUGCCGGUCCAUCCGGACAGUUAUGUCUUCCCCCAUAGGCUCCAAGAGAGCAGCUCUCACUCUCAUUGAAGCUGUUUACAAGACCUCUCUGCGUGUUUCCUCUUAGCCACCCUUGGAAGGGCAAAGGUGGGGUGUUGAGGUGAGGCCUGUAGCAGCGCCGUGGGAGGUGAAGGGAGCCAAAAGACUUGAU